AUGGAUCGUCUUCCACAACUGAGGGCAGCGGCCGGCCUCGAGCCCUCGCCGGCACCGGCCACCAUCUCCCUCUCCCCAUGCUCGUCGCCACAAAACUACAGCCCGAAGGAGGGCGGCGCACCAGUCCAAGUAGCCUUCACUAUACCUCCAAGCGAAAUCGAUCAAGACACAAUAGACACCCUCGACGCCUUCUACGGCGACGUGGCUGCGGUUCUGGGCAGCGUCAAGACGAUCCGUGCCGCAAUGCACGAACUGCAGCAGAAGCACACGGAAAACAUGCAGACCGUCGACGAGGCGCGCUCCAAGGCACUGCGCAGCGAGAUCGACGAGCUGUCACGCGAGACCGGCAACGCGGCCAAGGCGGCGAAGGAGAAGCUCGACGCGAUGUCCACGAGCACGGCCAAGCUGAAGAGCGUGCCGGACAGCGUGCAGGCCAACAGCGCCAUCAUCCGCAUCGAGGAGAACCAGUAUAUGCACCUCGUGCUGAAGUUGACCAUGGCCAUGGCCGAGUACCAGCGCCAGCAGUCCUCCAACGAGGCCUACUACAAGGCGCAGACGCAGCGGCAGAUCAAGAUCAAGUACACCAACCCCGACGGCAGCGCCAUCGACGACUCGACAGCAGCGCAGCUGGCAGAGCAGGUGAUGGAGAACGACACGUCUAGCUCCAUUUUCCAGCAGAGCAAGGAGGUACUCGCCUCCAUCAUCGAGACGCGCAACGACAUCUACCGCAUCGAGCAGUCCAUGCGUGACCUGAACCAGCUCUUCAACGACCUAGCCUUCCUGGUGAAGGAGCAGGGUGAGCUCAUGGACGUGAUUCUCGCCAAUGUGCAGCAGAGCACGCGGUAUGUGGAGAAGGGUCGCGAGGCGCUGAAGAAGGCGCGCCGGUAUCAGAAGAAGAGCCGCAAGAAGCUGCGCUGCCGGGUGGUUCGAAAUCCGUAUGUCGAAAAGACGGUGGAGGAUUACUGUCCUUGGAAGGAAGCCGCUGUCUGGGUACUCCGGCCCUGUUGUCUGGAAGACGAAAAGUGGGCGGCCUGA